CCUUUUUAUCUUCAUAUCUCAAUCAAGAGAUAUUUACAAUAAAAGAUGAGCGUCGAAAAAUGCCUUUUCAUAAAUGGUCGUCAAAAACCCUUCAACGUUCGUGAAUUAAUGAAAAUAGACUUUCCAAAUCUUCCAUUAUCUGAUAAAUUAAGAGUAUUAGAAUUGGGUCCACCUAGACCGAAAUUUUGUUUUCAAGUUGAAAAAGAAACAACAAACACUACAAAUUCAACACAAAAUGGUAAAACGAAAAGUGAGAAAAAAACAAGUCACAAGAAAGACUGUCAAAUGAUACAAGCUUCCAAGAUUUACAAAGAAUUCGAUUGGGCUUGCGGUUGUGAAUUUAAAAAACUAUUUUAUUGUUAUCCUUGUGUGCUUCUAAAUGUAAGCAAUCAAAAAGGUUCAGCUAAUCCGAGUAUAAAAUUUCGGAACCAUCAUUUAAAGCAAGAAAGUCACAUCAAGAAUGCCCUUGAUAUUGCGUUGUUAGGCAAAACAAUAACAAUAAACAAACUAGAAAACGGAGUCCAUAAAACCCACAAUGAAAGUGUCCGAAGAAAUCGUCAACUCCUCGUCAGAAUCAUCAAAGGAUUCUUAGACAGUUCCAGCCUCUACGAAUACGUUUUGAACGGAGAAUGCAGUUGGAAUGCAAAACUAGACCCAUGCAGCCUAAUGGAAGUCGUAUAUAAAGUCGAUAACACUCUGAAAGAAUGUUACGAACAAUCCCCAUUCUUCAAUGCCAUCAAACCGGACAUCCUCCAAGAGCAAAUCCUCAAAGCCGCCCUACAAUUAUAUCAAUCUAAAGUCCUAGAAGAAGUCAAUGCAGCUAAAUACAUUGCCAUAAUAACCGAAGAAACAACAGACCUCGUCCAAAAAGACCAAAUAGCUUUGACCCUGCGAUACAUCACAGACAAUCGAGUCGUAGAACGUUUUUGGACUCUGUUAAAACCCCCUGAAAGAAACCCCAAAGCAAUAACCGAACGCCUUUUAGCCGAAUUGAAUAAAAUCCUCCCAACGAAUAAGGACAAACUCAUCGCACAAUCUCACAUUGGCGGAGUAAUCUUCAGCCCUCAAAUAGCCGACCUUCAUAGACUGAUUACUGUGGAGUAUAGAAAUGCCAUCUAUGUUCACUAUCAUGCGUACAAACUGACCGAAGUGAUGGAAAGAGCUGUCUGCCAGAAUAGUCGAGUGCGGGACUUUUUUGCGAAUCUCUAUGGAAUGUAUGGAUUCUUUGAGAGACAACCAAGAAUCCUGCAAGCAUUUUACGAUGCAACACCUGUCUAUUGUGAGGGAAGCUUCGAAAAGGGUGCUUUGGUUUUUAUCUAUGAAAACAAAAGGGAACUUUUGAAUUUCAUGAUCCUUCUCCACACGGAUUUAGACUCAUCGCCGCAGUUUAUCAGAGAAGCUGAUGUUUGUGAGAAACUUCUUACAGACGAUAGUUUCAUGUACUUCCUAUCGUUCUUCUAUUACCUCAUGGCCGAUGUCAAUGUUUUCUAUGUUAGUCUCCAGAACUCAUUUGUCGACUCGGUGAAAAUCUCCCAGGGAAUUAAUGAGUUUCUGGAUGAAAUUCGAAAAACCAAAGACGCCAUUGCUGUGGAGAACAGUGACAACGAUGACAAGACGAGUGAAGCAUUUAUGAGAGCAUUUGCAAAGAUCGAAGUCUGUAAUGUUAUAUUGAAAGAAAUCCAGGAACGAUUCAGCUUCACCAAUCACUGGGAGGCACAUAUUCUAUUCAAAUCAGAGCAAUAUUACAAGUUCCAUGGGAAUUUCCCAGAUAGUAUAUUACAGAAUGCAAUUGAGUACUUUAAAUUCCAAUAUCCGGAUAAGUUGCGGAUAGAAUUGCAAAUUCUUUACACGCGGACGGAUAUGAUGAUUUGUCGGAAUGCUCAUGAUUUGUUGUAUAUGUUUCAAAAGUACAAGUUAACUUCGAUAUUUGAAAAGACCACAGCACUUUUGCAUGUGAUUUUGACAAUACCAACAAUGUUAAUGGAUGCCGAGAGUAAGAUUUGUGCUAUGAGACGUGUGCGGCGGGCUGCAGCGUUAGCCUCGAAUCAGAGCUCGGAAACGGGCUUGACAAUGCUCCUGGCUGAGCGGGAGACAUUGUUGUCGUUUUCUGAUUUUGCCGAAUCACUUGUCGAUGUGUUUGUGAAACAAGAACGACAUCAGAAUGAGUUUACGUAUUACUAGGAGUCAGUAGUCAGUAGUUGUCAAUUAAGUCAAUUUCAAAGGAAGAGAGAGAUUCAAGCCAUUCAUCGUUUAAAGAUUGAUUGAAUCUCGUGAUUUUAUGUUUAAGAAUAAAAAAAAAAUAUAUGUCAACAAUUUUACCAAAAUAAAAAUACAUUUUUUUGUUAAUGCUCUA